AUGGUGAUGUUACAAAGCAGAUUAUUUAUUUGCGGUCUUUAUUCGAGGGUUAUCUGUAAGUACAAAAUUUACUGCAAUGCUCAUGCAAUUUGUUAAAUAUCCGUGAACCGUUGGAUUUAUAACAUCUUCUAACACGGCCAGAUUUAUAUCACUAUUAAACAAAGAAGACUGAAAAUGUGUGUUAUUAUGCUGCACAAGCACAGUUUAUACGUCACAAUUAUUACGUCAUGGCGUACGUUAAACGCGAAAGCUGGGUAAGAACACAACACAGAAAAGGCAAAUAUUUUGUGAAUAUGUUCACUGAUGUAGACAAUAAUUCUUGAUAACGUAUUCGAUUCGAAAUAAUAUAUCUCAAACGGUGAUUUGCUCUUGAACAAAAUCAUUGUCGUUCACAUGCUCGUGAUAUUAUUCCCUCGCACUGAGCUCCGAACAAUGAUUUUAUCCACUGACAAAUAACUGAAUGAGAUAUAUCAUUUUCUUAAAUACAAAUUUGAGACAACGCGCAGCAUCUGUAUACGUUGCAGACCAGUUUAGGUCUAACACAUGUCGCAAGAUAAUCCUUUAUUCAAUUCUUUUAUCCCACAGUUACCGCUAGUAUGGUAAAGAAACUAAAUGGGUAAUACUAACGCCAGUAAUUGUUUGAUAACAAAAGGAUGAAUUGUUAAAAAUAUUUGCAAAAUGAAGCUGUAACUUAUUAAUUUUGUAACAAUGAAUACGAUAACAGAAUAAAAAUUUAUUAGCAUCUCGGAUACACGCGAGUUCCAAAAUACGUGAAACGAAUCAUUCAGUGCAGUAAGAGAUAUUAGAAUAAUAAUGAAAAGUGUUUUUGGUAUUUUGACGGUACUAUAUUGUAUAUGUGUCUUCUAUUUACUGUUUCACAUAGACGACAGCACAUCACGUGACAAAAGGGAUGCUACACCUUCUAAAUGCACACCACGUGUUCCUCAGACAUCUCCAAGUCGUAAGUUGGUGCUGAAACCUGCCCCUGUUAUACAACAACCAAUGCAGUAUGGACCAGGUCAAAAUGGAACUCGAGUUAUUUUUGACGGUUUGUUGAGCGAAAAUGACAAGCGAUUGAUUUCAGAGCAUUACAAGAAGUAUGACUACAAUGCUUUUAUCAGUGACAUGGUCCCAGUUCCUCGAAUACUGCCUGAUUACAGACCAGACAGUUGCAGAAGGCUCAACUACCCAUCCAACCUUCCCAAAGUCAGUGUAAUAAUACCGUUCAGAAACGAGAGACUGAGUGUUCUACUGCGUACAGUGUACGGCAUAUUAUUCUACUCACCUGAAAAACUUUUAGAAGAAAUUAUCUUGAUAGAUGACGCGUCUACAGAACCCGACUUGAAACAUAAACUUGACGUUCACGUGCGAAGCCUUCCACAGGUUAUAUUGAUAAGGAAGCGGGUAAACGUCGGUUUAAUGAUGGCGAGACAGGCUGGGAUAGACAGGUGUAAGGCAAAUUAUUUUAUCUGUAUGGACAGUCACAUGGAGGUAUCACUUGGCUGGCUCGAGCCCAUUUUGAACCGACUUGUGGAGAAACCGAAAGCACUCCUGUGUUCAAAUCUUGGUGCAAUAAGCAAUGACAAUUUUAUGGUAUCACAUAAUCGCGUUCCAUUUGGGAUCGCGUUUGAUUUCCCGUUUUUCGCGUGGAACUUCGAGCAACAGCAGGCUCGUUACAGCGGUGCAUAUAAAAUGUCUCGGACUAAUCUGACAGAGCCCAUAUUGAUGGGUAGUGUCAUGGGUAUGAUGAUUUGUAUGAAGAAGUCUUGGUUCCAACAGCUUGGUGGGUUUGAUCCUGGGAUGAGAGUUUGGGGGAGUGAACAGAUCGAGCUGUCUGUCAAAGUCUGGAUGUGUGGAGGCCUGGUCGAGAUGAUACCGUGUUCUUAUGUCGCACAUAUUUACCGGAGGAUUGUGUGGAAUGUUCGGCAUGUUGGCAUGGUGAAUAAAUACCGACUUGUAGAAACAUGGGUUGAUGAACCCUACAAACAGAUAAUCUAUGAUUAUUCGCAAGAGAAACCUAGGGAAGUCAAUAUUGGUGACAUCAGUGAUAGGGUCAAGGUCAGAGAGGAAAAUCAGUGUAAAUCGUUCCAGUAUUUUCUUGAUAAAGUUCGGGAAUUCUCAGAUUUUCACAUUCCAACGGAGUCGAAGAAAAUUGCAACCCUGACAAACUUCUACAGUCAUCUGUGUUUAGAUAGAAAUGGUAACAAUGACUUCCCAAUACAAUUUCCAUGCAACGAAAGGGGCUCCGCUCAACUGUUUGAACUUACGGAGAGGUCAGAGCUUAGGCAUCUUGGUCACUGUUUAUAUAUCACCAAUAAGAACAACGUAAUGUUAAAACAUUGUGACCAUUUUUUGAACGAAAAGGAAAAAGAAUGGAGUUACAGUGAAACAGACAAGACAUUAAAACAUGAGUUAAGUGGCAACUGUUUGACAGGUGAAAGAGAAACUUCAGAUGUUACUGUUAGCCCUUGUUCUCAAUCACACUCUCAGAAAUGGAUCUGGGAACCAGUCAAGAUCAAGUGAUGAAAAUGCUUAUUUUUAGAAACCAGUAUUAUUUAAUGAUAGAGUGGCACACUGAAGAAUGAAGAUGCCGAUUUUGUAACUGAUUACUGAAGGUUUAACCAUGCAAACAAAAAACUUAAUUUAUAGAAUUUAAGGUAACUUUUUAAGAUGGAAAUACAGUAAACUAUCUAAAACAUAAAACAGAAUGAAAAUUGCUUUUAGAGCAAGUAACAAACCAAACAACUCAUAACUGUAGUAAUAUCAGAAAUAUUUGCUAGCAAUUCAUUAUCAAUAAUUUCAUGUUUUUUUAUCACUUCCCAAAUUAUACCAUACAACUUUCAUGAAAAAUGAAAAAAAUUACAGCUGAAGCUAAGAUUAAACAUCACAUUAUUCAACUGUUUUUAUACCAAAGCAAAAUUUUAAUCUGUUAAGAACUAUCUGAUAAUCACAGUAUUUCUUAUUCUCAGAGUAUGCUUGUAGCUUUUUUUUAUUAUUAAUUUGACUGUCUACUCAUGACAUGUUAUGCAGUAUUUAUUUAAUCAAUUACAUUUUAAAGUAACUGACUUUAUAAAUGCAAUGUUUAGACUAUUACUAUCAUGUUUGAUGGCAUGACAGUGAAAGA